UAGUUCAGUUCUGGGUCAUUGACAAUGAAAAUCAAUGGUAUUGCACUAUUGCCUCUGCACACUUACAUAUUCUUCAUAUACUAAAUCAUUAAACAAUUCUUAGUGCAUCUGAAAAAGCUUUUUUAAAAGCUAAUGAUAUUGCCUCAGUACACUUACAUUAUUAUUGGUUCUGCAUGAUUUUUGCAAAUUGCAUCAGUUGGUUUACUUGUAUUAUUCCAUGCUGAGAUGUUUUCUGACAUUAACAAUAUCAUUGCAGCUUAGGAGUACUUCUGUCGUAUCAUUUGUAGGUUACUCAUUGAUGUAUUGGAGGCCAGGUGGGUGUAACGUUUGUUUGAUUCUGCAAUUUGUUUGAACUGGCUCUCGGUUCUGUAGGUAGCUUAGGAGUUGGAGAUCAAUCUUCAAAUUUGUUUGAACGGCCGUGUUUUUGUCCCUGCUCGGGUAUAAGUCUGUUUCCUGCGAUUUUAGAGAGAGAGAGCUGGGUUUUGGUUCCCAAACACCCAAGGGACGAACCCUAGAGAGAGAGAGCAACUUGGGAACAUUCUUGGAGCUAUUUUGUAGGAUUUCUUCGCCAUUGGAGCUCGGGAAUCAAGCUUGGAGAUGGAGAUUGAAGAUCUAGAUCAGAUUUCUGCAGUCUCUCUCUUCUCUAUGGAGCAACUUCCCUUCACUUAGAUUUUGAGGAACCCUAGUUCCAUGUGUUAGGAUCUUUCUUUUAUGAAGUUUUGGAUGCUAUAUUGUUUGAUUAUAAUCGAUUGAGGAAUGAUUUAUAGAGUCAAUUGAAGCCUGAUCACCUUCUCUUGAUUUCUGCUUUAACCUAUGAUAGAUAGAAUCUGAUUAGGUUAAGAGAGCUUCCUUGAUUGAUAGUGGUGAAUUGGUUGUGCGAGAGUCAAUCAAUUCACAGCUUUGUACUGGAAUUCAUUCCAGUAGUGGAGAUCUGUGUGAAUGGCCUUAGCAGUCUAUCCGGUGAAGGCUAGUCGCCUGCCGGGUAUUCUGUCUAAGAGGGCUUGGUCAGCUAAUUUAGGGUCUUUCGCAGUUUAAUCAACAACAGAUCAACCAAAGGUAAUUGCAACUUGGAUGUAAUUGAGGAGCUAGGGGGAAUCAUACCUAAGUGAGUUCCCAACUUGUAAUUAGUAGAGUAGUUUAGUAAAUCAAUCCUUAAUCUAGUUUGCUAGAUAAUAAACUGAAGCUGAGUAAUAGUAACUCUAGAGACCCGUGGAUUCGAUAUUUAUUACUUGUGCCACUACACUGUAGUCCCUUUCAUUGGUUACACUUGGCCAUUGUUAGGUGUGUUUUAGCGUGUCAAGUUUUUGCCGCCGUUGCCGGGGACUUUCUAGAUUAUUUGGAAAGGCAGAAGUUUGUUACUUUAGCGUUUUUUUCACCCUUGCUUUUCACUUGGGUGUUUUUGUUUUUGUUGGUGCAGAACUGAAUCAUGGAUCCUAAUGGCUUCUCCAACCAGUGGGGGUAUCCACCACCAUCUGAGUGGUAUUACCCCGAGAUUUCCUGGAGCAAUCAAGGAGAAGAAGACUAUGGAUUCGGGUUCCAGUACCAACCCCCUUACUACGGAGAACAAUCAGACCCCUGGGCAUAUCAAGAACAACCUCCUUAUCAAGAAUAAUUCCUCCCACAACCAGAAGGGCCAUCAGAUCUCGAUUUAGCCAUAGCCCUCACGGGCCAUCCGGCAGAGCCAUGCUACACACCACAACCAGAUCCAAACUAUCACUUGAGGCUUCUCGUGGAGCAGAUUGCUCGAGUACCCAAGAGAUCCGUUCCCGAGAUGGAUCCUCAUAUCUAGACCAUUGCCCAAACUGACUUCUCCUUUCCCCGUGAAAUAGAGGAUACCCUUCGGAGAAUAAAGAAGCAAAUAGAGGUCAUUGAGAAAUCUUUUUCACAGUUUUCUCAAGACAACCUUUAUGCUGACAUACAAGUAGAGGAGGAGGAAGAAGAAGGCAAUCAUGAGGAUGUUGAGGAGCAUACAGAAGUUGUCACGGAAUUCUCCCAUGAUAAUCAUGAUCAAGUGUAUCCUCUGGUGGUAGAUCACAACUUUCCCCAUUUCCGCUCUGACAUGCUGGGUGAGGGAGGAGGUGCAAGCUGAACUUAUUGAGAACCUUGCAUGGUGACUUGCUCUCCAAUCUGUUAUGGAAGAAGAAGAGAGAGAAAGGGUGAGGAAAGAAGUUGUGGAGGAUGAGGAAGAAAGCAAAGAAGAGGUAGUUCUUGAUCUUUUCCAAGGAGAGAGACCACAUUUUGAAAAAGGAAGGGGGGUGGAAGAAGCGAGUGGUGUCCAGGAUGAGGAUGAAAUUGGGGUGGAAGAGGCUUGCACCGGCCCUAUAAUACAAGUAAAAUCCCCACCAAAAUUUGAGGAAUUGCUUAGCAAGGACCCAUUUGCAGUGUCUCUUUGCCAGACCAAGACCACAUCGACAUUGGUCCCUCUUGGUGGACGUGAUGGUGGUCAGUCGAUACGGUUAUAUUUGGUUUGGGGCAAUAAGACAAGAGAAGAAACGAGGAAGAGGUCUCGAGGGUGGAGACUUCAGCUGCAUCAAGUGCACGAGCCUUCCUCACCUGUCAUACCACAUGCUCGUGACUUGAGACUCCACCUCAUCGACGAGAACCUCAACUUCAAAGAGGUUUUGGGGUGGACCAAAACUUCGGAGCCAUCGUCCGGCUCACGGCGUGAAAGAAGCGCUUGUUGGGAGGCAACCCAACUAGUCGGUUUGCAUUUCUUUCCCUAUCUCUCUUUGGUUGAGUCAGUUUUGUUCUUUGAUUUUAGAAUCAAUAACUCAACCUUUGUGAGAUUUUGUGUGGUGUUUGUGUUCCGACUACUCUCUCCUCCUGGAAUGCCCGCCUGCCCCGUCUACCAUCAUUCACCCUUGAUCUGGUAACUUCGUUCUACCCUCCUUAUCUUUCUUCCAUUGAGGACAAUGUCGUGCUUAAGUGUGGGGGGAUGUUCGAUUAUGUAUGUGUGUGAAUGUUUGGCUGUAUGUGCGUGCUUGGAGCCUAGUCCGCUGUCCAAAUCUCGAGAUUUGAGGGCUCCAAGCACUGCUGUUUGCGUGAUCGUAUUGGCACUGUGGAUUUGAUUGGUGAAUCCAAUGGCUUGCGAAUUAAUGCAUGAAAACUUGAUUGUAACUAGGGCAGCCUAUAAUGAUGACUGAGCGUGCAAUAGAGUUGUGUAGGGGUUCAGUGUUUCAACUGUUUGCUUACCAACUGUGACUUGGAUUGAUCACUUGUUUUUUACAGUCGUUUAUGCAUCUAGUUUAGGGAAUCAAAAUGAGAGAUAGAGCAUAUAGGUAGCCAUGUGAGAUUUGAGCAAGCUCGUUUCUUUCUUGUGAGAUAGAUCCCUCAUCCAUGAUGUGUAACAUUCACGUUGUCAUUAGCUAAGAUGAUGGAGGCAUAGGAAUAGCCCACUACCAAAUUGACUGUCCUGUUGUGUCAUACCCCCCUAGUCAGCCCCUUUGAGCCGUGUCACUUUCUUUCGUUCAGUCUACAAUGAAAAAUCACCCGUUUGCAUCUCUUAGAAGGUUCCACAGAGAGUUUUUUGCAUGUUCUUUGUUGUUCCUGCUAAAAUAAUGUGAGGGUUGGAGGUAGUGCUUAAAAGUUGGGCAUGUGUUUAAAAAAUGUGCAGAUCAAUAAAUGAAAAAAAAGAAAGAAAAAUGAAUGAAACCAAAAGAGAGCCACUACCAAAAAUCUGAAUCAUGCUCAUUAAGUAGUGUUUCUUAGCAGUCUGGCUUAGAAAUACUAACAUUAUUGUGACCUCCUUCGCUCUUGUGCUCUAAAGAAUUUGAGUAAUGCAGAAUGACAAAAAGAAAGUAAGUGGUUUGAUUGGCUGUGAAUGUGUUGGGUUUGGAAUUGUGGAACCUUGUGCUAUGAAUACUUCCACCACCUAUAAGGCCUUUUCCCCAUGUCCAAGACCCUAAUCAGUCAUCUGAACCUGUGUCUAAGACCUCCGGAUUAGUUAGUGGUGACAUCCCUUAUGUGAACUCUAACAUUUAGAGGCUGCCAUCAGGGUGAAGAGACGUUAGGGAUUGAGAGAAUAACCAUGCGCAUUUUUCGCGUCAAAUUGUCCUGACCCCACUGGUCGAGAGUGAGCGAUUCAUUUCCUUGUUCUUUACACUCUUUACCCCGGUGAGGACCUAGAUGGCUCGGUCUUGAUUCUAAUGUCUUGAGUUUUAUGCAUAAAGUGACUAUCUUGGAUAAGUGGUUCAGUCGAGUCUAUGUUGGUUGGUGAACAGAAGGGAGACUCCUCCUUUACCCGACUUUGCUGCACUCAAAUGUCAUCUCUGGUGGUUGUCCAGGUUGCUGUUGAAGUUGUCCAUGUGUUGAUGUCUAAAAGCCAUUAUGAUUCCCGUGUUUCGUGCCUAUAUGAUAUGUCCCCAAGGGUUGCAUGGUUAAAAUAUUUUGAGCUUACCUUGUAUCUGACUUGGUUUGCUUGGGGACAAGCAAACGGUUAAGUGUGGGGGGAUUUGAUGACUCAAUAUUUGCAGAUGUUUUCCCCUUUGUUUCUUGAUUGUUUAAACUUGCAUUAUCGCUUCUUUGGCCUAUUUUACGCUAGGUUGUGUUCCUUUGUCACAUUUCAGGUACCAAGCGUCGAAGGAAAGGCUAGGCGCAAGUUUCAAGUCAAUCGGAUAUCAAUUGGCGAUUCGGGAGAAGAAACUCGGGCAUGACCUGAAGAAUGAUGGAUUUAUACCUCAUUUAUGGAAAAAUAAUCAUGCAAGCUUGUCCUGAAAAGAAAGAGGACGAGACUACGAGCGUCUGGGAUCAAACGGCGAUUGAUUCGGAGUCCGGACGAGGGAGAAACGAAGCAUUGAAUACAGGGGAACAUGUUCG